AUGCGGCUGCUGCUGGGGGCAGCGCUCCUGUGCCUCGGCCUGCGCCCGGGCCACGGCUCCGAGGAGGCAGCGCCCGACAGCCCCGGGCACCGGGACCCGCAGGCGGCGGCAUCCUAUUCCGACUGGGGCAUCGACGCCAUCCGCGAUGGCUUCGAAGCGGUCAACAGCUACUUCGACUCCUUCCUGGAACUGCUCGGGGGGAAAAACGGAGUCUGUCAGUACCGCUGCCGAUACGGGAAGGCUCCCAUGCCACGGCCUCACUACAAACCCCAGGAACCCAACGGCUGUAGCUCCCAUUUUCUGGGGCUCAAGGUACCUGAAAGUCUAGACUUGGGCAUCCCUGCCAUGACCAAGUGCUGUAACCAGCUGGAUGUUUGCUAUGACACCUGUGGGGCCAACAAGUACCGCUGCGACGCCAAGUUCCGCUGGUGCCUGCACUCCAUCUGCUCCGACCUCAAACGCAGCCUGGGCUUCGUCUCCAAGGUGCAAGCCUGUGAAUCCAUGGCAGACACGGUGUUCAACGCAGUCUGGACCCUGGGCUGCCGGCCCUUCAUGAACAGCCAGAGGAGCGCCUGCAUUUGCAGCGAGGAGGAGCGCGAUGAGCUGUGA